AUCGCACACGCCUCGAAUCCAUCAAACCGAUCGCGUGUAAGCAGACGCGCUACAACCGAUCUCGAGUCGCGCCUGCCGGCAAUCUUUUCGCUGCCUGCAGCGCGUGUGUACACACUUCGUUCGGGAACUGGGAGCUGGCAGGUCGUAACUCCAAGGAUCGACCGAUUUAGCUUGCCGAUCUGCUGACUGCGAAAGUUCGGUGGACCUGGUCGCGAGGAGAGAUUUCGAAGAAGAGAGAAAAAAGGGUGGAUAAUACACCGUUAUCCACUGUAUCAUGCAGAGGCAGCUCUUGGCGUUUUUCCUGCUUGGGCUAUUUUACGCGAAGGCAUUACAAAAUUGCGAGCCACCGCACUACUUCAAAUGCAAAACCGUGGCAGUGUGCAUCGCCCAGUACUUCGUCUGCGACGGCGAGAACGACUGUGGUGACAAUUCGGACGAGAUCGACUGCCACCCGCAGAGAACGAAACCGACUUUCGUCAAACCAUGCGAGCCGAACGAGUUCCAGUGUCACGACCAAGUCCACUGCAUACCGAUCGAGCAGUACUGCGACGACGAGCCGGACUGCAUGGACGGCAGCGAUGAGUUCGAGAACUGUCAUCUCAACAAAACCUGCGCCGGCUUCAAGUGCAAAAACGGCCACUGCCUGCACAGCAAGAACUGGACCUGCGACGGUGUCAACGACUGCGAGGACAACAGCGAUGAGGAGAACUGCGAGAAUUCGCCGAUAGCUCCGGAGAACUGCAACAACACCAUCGGCAGGUAUCUGUGCGGUAACAAGAGGUGCAUCUCCCUGUCGCACACCUGCGACGGUAAGGACGACUGCGGCGAUGGCUCGGAUGAGAACAAGGCGAACUGCGAUAAAGCUCUCACUAACUGCAAGAACUCGACGACUAACUCCUGCAACCAGAACUGCGCGGCUACACCUGCGGGUUCGAAGUGCUGGUGCCAUCCCGGUUACGUCCUCAACGGGACCGUCUGCGAAGACAUAGACGAGUGCAAGGAGUACGGCAGGUGCUCUCAGGGCUGCCGGAACACAAUCGGCUCGUUCUUCUGCCAGUGCGCCUACGGAUACAAGCUCCAGGAUGACGGCGUCAGCUGCAAGGCCGAGAACGGCGAAGCCCUCAUGAUUUUCGCGGCCAAGUCGUCCAUACGAGGCUACUAUCUCGACUCGGCGAUUUACUUUCCCAUCGCGGACGACCUGUCGCACGUCGUCGGCGUCUCGUUGGAUUCCACUUACGUCUACUGGUCGGACAUCAGGCUCGGCGACGAGGCCAUAUUUCGCAGCCUCGAGGAUGGCACCCAUCGAGAAGUCAUCGUCACCGCUGGUCUGGGCUGUCCCGAGGACAUAGCCGUCGACUGGAUAACCGGCAACAUCUACUUCACCGACAGUAUGUACAAGCAGGUCGGCGUUUGUAACCAUGACGGCUCUUUCUGCACGGUCAUAAUCAAGGAAGCCACCGAGAAGCCGAGAGGCAUCGCUCUGUUACCGUCUCACGGAAAGCUGUACUGGAGCGACUGGGGCGACAAUCCGCACAUCUCGGUCGCGUACAUGGACGGUUCCAAUCGCACGUUCUUCGUCAAGGACAACAUCGGCUGGCCGAACGGUCUGACCAUCGACUAUCCGAGUAGUCGUCUCUACUGGGUCGACGCUAGAUUGAAAGUCAUCGAGUCAAUUUCGCUCGACGGCACCGAUCGAAGGACUGUACUGCGACACGUUGCCACGCAUCCGUACUCCAUAGCCAUUUUCGAGAACAAACUCUAUUGGAGCGACUGGAGCACCAACAGCAUCCACUCUUGCAAUAAAUUCAACGGCAAGAAUUACACGACUCUGUUCCAGAAGAACGAGACCGUCUACGGCAUUCACAUCUAUCACUCGUCCCUGAAAGUCAAGUACGGAAACCCUUGCGUCACGAAGCCCUGCUCGCAGCUGUGUCUCCUGGCGGCCAACAGAACCUACUCCUGCGCCUGUACCUUGGACAAGGAGCUCAACAGCGAUAAACGAACCUGCAGAGACUCGGCGAAACGGAAGCACAUUGCAGUCGCCGCUGGAAACACGAUCAUCGACUACUAUCACGAACUGCUUGGCAGACCGAGAAUGAGCGCCAGUCUCACUCCGAAUCAUAUCACCGCAAUGACCUACGACUCUAUCGCUGACUCGAUAAUCGCCGCCGACGACAUAAACAAGUCGAUCUUCCGCUUCAAUCCCCGCACGAAUGCCAUCAACCACAUCAUACCGAUCGUCAACGAGAUCGUCGAGAGUAUGGCCUUCGAUUACUUCGGCAACAACCUCUACAAGAGCAACACGAUCCACAAGAAGAUCGAGGUCCACAGUCUCACCACCGGCGAGAAGACCGAGUUCUCCUACACGGAGAACCCUUACGACAUCGCUUUGGUCCCGGAAGAGGGGGUGAUGUUCGUGGCUUUCCAAACGAAUAACGAGUUCCACAUCGACAAGGCCCAAAUGAACGGUUUGGGCUCGAGAACCCACUUGAUCGAGGGCCUCUACGGGCCCAAAAUCUCUCUGGCUUACGAUCGCGACACGAAGCGCAUCUACUGGUGCGACGAAGGUACCGGGCGUAUCGAGAGCUUCGAUACCCAAGGACAACACAGAACUCUCUUCCGCGGUGGUGUCAACGGUUUGGUGAGUCUGGCUGUUCUGGACAACGAAGUCUUCUGGACGGAGCGAGAACGCAAUCGGCUGAACUGGGUGGACAAGAAGCAGGUCGUGCCGGGAUACAAGGGUGUGAAUUUGGAGGUGACGAGCCAAACGGACGCGAUACUUCUGUCGGUGAUCGACGGCCCUUACAGCGGAGAAACUCACGCCUGUCGCAAGAACAACGGCGACUGUUCCCACAUCUGUCUCGUUACCGAUGCGAGCAAGAGGCUUUGCGCCUGUCCUGCCGAUUUUGUCAUCAACUCGGACCAGAAGACCUGCAGGCCGAAGACAGCGUGCUCCGACGACGAGAUCAAGUGUUCUGUCAACAACCUGUGCAUCAAGAAGAUUCAGAAGUGCAACUACGUCAUGGACUGUCCAGACGGUGAGGACGAAAAGGACUGUGACUCGAUCGCGGUCAACUCCAAGUGUCAACCCGAUGAAUUCGCCUGUCGCAGCGGCGAGUGCAUAAACAAGUCCAAUCGAUGCGACUCCGUGUUCAACUGUCAAGAUCGGUCCGACGAAGAGAAGUGCGAGAACCACACGUGCAGUCCGGACGAGUUCCGGUGUCGCGACGGCGCUUGCAUCACGAAAUACUUCGUCUGCAACGGGAUAAACGACUGCGACGACUUUUCGGACGAGGAGGACUGCGGUGGUCACGCCUGCGACGACUACUCAUUCAAGUGCAACUCCGGACCCUGCAUACCGCGGAACUGGGAGUGCGAUGGCCAGGUCGACUGCAACGACGGCUCGGACGAACACGAUUCUUGCAGGCCGACCGACUGCGCCAAGGGCAUGUUCAAGUGCAGCAACGGUCGCUGCGUCGACGUGCUGCUCUACUGCAACGGCUCGGACGACUGCGACGAUAACUCGGACGAAGCCGACUGUCCCGAGAACAAGAGGGUCGAGGCGCUCUUCUGCAACAAGGACCAGUUCAAGUGCAAGAACAGCACGUUGUGUAUUCACGACACCUUGAGAUGCGACGAUCACCCGGACUGUCCGCAUCACGACGACGAGCACGGUUGCGGUCGUUGUUUGGACGAGACGCAGUUCAGCUGUCGCAACGGCAAGUGCGUGCCCGUCGAGUGGAUGUGCGACAACAUGGACGACUGCGGCGACAACUCGGACGAACAAAACGCCCACUGCGAGGCUUUGAAACACGGUCCCAACACCACAGCCUCCACAGCCUUGGGAACGACUCCUGGACUGACCGAGAGGGCUCACAAGUGCUCCGAGGGAAAGUUCGCCUGUGCCACCGGCUACUGCCUGCCGUUGGACAUGUUCUGCGACGGAAAGGAACACUGCCUCGAUGGCAGUGACGAGGGCGGACAGUGCAACACAACCUGCGAGACGAACACCUGCGAGAACGUCUGCCACAAGACACCAGUGGGCCCAGUCUGCAGCUGUCGCGUGGGUUACGAGCUGGCGGACGACGAAAAGUCCUGCAGAGACGUCGACGAGUGUAAGAACAACGUGUGCCAGCAGCUCUGCGAGAACAGGCCCGGAAGCUUCGUCUGCUCGUGUUACGAGGGCUACGCGCUCAGGAUCAACCGGGUGUCCUGCAAAGCUACCGGACCAGCGGUGAAACUCAUAGCGGCGUCGAAGGACGACAUCAGGAUUAUGUCGCCGUCGACGAUGAUCAGCUCGCUCACGAUCAUUCAUCGCGAUCCCGAGGUGGAGAUCACCGGGUUGGACGUCGAUUCGAAGGAGAACACGAUUUACUGGAGUAACGAAAUCGAAGGGAUAAUCAACAAGAUGAACAUCGACACGAAGAAACGAGUCACCGCUUCCAACGGCGUCGGGAGACCGGAAACGUUGGCGGUCGAUUGGAUCACCGACAACGUUUACUACUUCGACGACAAGCGGAGGCCUUUGAUCAAGGCCUGCAACGUAGACGCCAACAAGUGCGCGGUGAUAACGCACAUCGAGGGAAUGUACCAGAGAGUCACGACCAUCGCGAUCGAACCCUUGAAAGAAAUGCUGUUCUGGGGCCAAGUGAUGUGGAAGAUCUACGAGAAGCCGUCGAGCGAGAUCGUACGCUCGGACCUGAUGGGAGCCAACCAGAAAGUGAUCGUUCGCGACAACCUCGGUAUCAUCAGUGGUUUGACCAUAGACUACCACAGGUCGAUCCUUUACUGGUCGGACAAGUAUCUGAACAGCAUCGAGGGCGUCGACUUUGACGGGAAGAAUCGGAAAGCCAUCGUGGCGGAUCUUACCACAAAGCCGAUAGGCUUGUUCUUCUACGAGGACUCGUUGUACUGGAAAAUCGAGGGAAUCGGUGUACUUAAGAGGCGCCACUUGUACGGAAACAUGGACAGCGAGUGGAUAUCCAUGGGCAGCAAGAACAGCCGACUCUUCGUGGUAUCCCAAAUUUCCAGGCAACCGGACGGUCCGAACAAGUGCAAGGACCGGGGCUGCGAGCACAUGUGCAUAAUGCACAAGAACGAGUCGACCUGCAUCUGCGGCAACGGCUUCCCGGCGACUCUACGUGGCAACGUGGGCUGUCCAGCCGAUGCCGAGGACGAAGGCGAGCUCGAGCUCGAGGACAACAAUCACGGCGUCAAGGUCAAGCUGGACGAGACCGGUCCGAUAGUCACCCACGCUCAGACACAGUCGACGGAACGGAAGACCGGCAGCGGAACGAUCACCGGUCUGGCCGUCACCCUUGUGACCUUCGCGCUCAUGUUCUCCGUGUACUACUACCUCAAGAAGAAGAGGCCCGGACUUUUCAAACGCCGCGACCUCAGCAUACAUUUCAAAAAUCCGUCAUUCGCUCGGAGGAACAACAACAACAACACCACGACUACGGGCACGAGCUCUAUCCUGAUGCCAGGCGAGCAUGAAUAUUCCAAUCCCAUCACGGAAAUGUCAAACACCAAACUAAACCGAAUCGACAGCGGCUCGAAGAAGCGGCUGGAACUCUCUCCGGAGCUGUCGGACGGUGAAAUGGAUGAAGCCAACACGACUUACCACACGCGUCUCAUCCGCUGAGAAGUCGAUUCCCCCGAGGGAAGUCAAAGUUCGGACUUCCUCUACUACGAAUGAUUUGUACAAUUUUAUUGAAUGCGCCUUGGAUAGAUUCACGCGCUGCGUUUUGAUUAUUAUUAUUAUUAUUAUUAUUAUUAUUAUACAUUAUCGUAUGUUAUUAAUUGUUAUUCAUUACGUACUAUUAUUGAAAAGUCAACAAAAAAAUACGAAACUGUACGUACGACUAUCGCGGGUGUGUAUUUUUAUGUGUCCAUAAUAAUUAAAUUACGUUUAUAAUGUAAUGGUACUAUUACUGUAUACGGUGUGAUAUCGUCUAGAAGUAUCUCCGAUGUGUCUUAAGUAUUAAGUGCGCCAUUGUUUAUGUUUUAAGUCGUCAAAAUCGUGGAAAAAAAAUAACCAGAAUGUUUGAUAUUCAUACGUAUGUUAUAUCGUAUAAUUAUUAUAAACAUUACACGCAUGUAUGCGUGUAAUUCUACUCAAUGUUAUUUAUUUAAGCUACUACUAUGAGAUAAUGGUAGGAUAAAAAAAAAUUGUUAAACGCUUUUAAGAGAUUAUAUUCCGUGAAACUAUUAUUAUGUACACACUACCUUCUUUAAUACAAACUUUUUUAUACGAAAGAAAACAUGAAAAAAAAUAUAUAUUAUUGUUAAGAAUGCUUA